AUGGCAGUGGUGGUCUUGCUGGGGCUCAGCUGGUUCUGCGCCCCCCUGGGAGCUCUGGUUCUGGACUUCAACAACAUCAAGAGCUCUGCCGACGUGCACGGGGCUCGGAAGGGUUCACAGUGCCUGUCUGACAAGGACUGCAGUCCCAGAAAAUUCUGCCUCAAACCCCAAGAUGAGAAGCCAUUCUGUGCUAUGUGUCGUGGGUUACGAAGGAGGUGCCAACGUCAGGCCAUGUGCUGCCCUGGGACGCUCUGCGUGAACGAUGUUUGUACAACAAUGGAAGAUGCAGUGCCAAUGUCGGAGAGGCAGAUCGAUGACCAAGAUGAUGUGCACACAAAAGGAACAACUGAGCAUCCAAUUCAGGAAAACAAACCCAAAAGGAAGCCAAAUAUUAAGAAAUCACAAGGCAGUAAGGGACAAGAGGGAGAAAGAUGUCUUAGAACUUUUGACUGCGGAGCUGGACUUUGCUGUGCUCGUCAUUUCUGGACUAAAAUUUGUAAGCCAGUCCUCCUGGAGGGACAGGUGUGCUCUAGGAGAGGGCAGAAAGAUACUGCUCAAGCUCCAGAAAUCUUCCAGCGCUGUGACUGUGGUCCUGGACUAUUAUGUCGAAAUCAAGUGACUGGCAACCGACAGCGCGCGCGGUUAAGAGUAUGCCAAAAAAUCUAA